AUGAUGCUAUACAAAUUGGUCAUUCUUGGAGAUAGAAGCGUUGGAAAGACAUAUGACCCAUUUACAGAAGAAUCGUAUCGAAAACAAGUGAUCAUUGACGAUAAUCCUUGUGUUUUAGAAAUAUUGGAUGCUGGAGCAGAAGAUAUAUUUCUAUAUUAUCAAUGGAUCAGGGAUGGUGAAGGCUUCCUAAUCAUGUAUUCCAUAUCCUCAAGAUCAACAUUUGAACGAGUAGAACAAUUUCACGAUCAAAUUAUACGUGUAAAAGAAAAUGAACCUGUUCCAAUUAUGCUUGUUGGUAACAAAUGUGACAAAAUAACUGAACGUGAAGUUUCAAGAGAAGAAGGGAUGGAUAUGGCAAGAAAACUCAGGUGCGAUUUUAUUGAAAGUUCCGCAAAAACAGCUGUGAAUGUGGAAAGGGCAUUUUAUGGUGUGGUUAAAAUGAUAAGACAGAAUAGAGAAGGAGGUAAAGAUUCUAGAAGAAAUAGAAAGAAAGUGAGGUGUGUAAUAUUAUGA